AUGUCCUGGAGUCCACAGCCUGAGCCUCUGGGCCAGCUGGCGCAGUUCCUCAAGGAGUCGCUGAAUCCUCGUGACAAGACUGCGCAGAAGAAUGCCGAGCUGGCACUCAAGAAUGCUGGCGCCAACCCCGACAUCAACAACUAUCUCGCCUACUUGUGUAUCAGUCCCGAAGUCCCUGUCGCCUUGUCAAACGAUGACUACUUCAUCGCCAGAAGUGCCGCUGCUGUCAUGCUCAAAAACAAUGUCAAAACGUCGUACAAGACCAUGGCCGAACCAAACAAGGACUACCUCCGCUCAACCAUCCUCCAAGGUCUGCAAGAUCAGGACAAGCGUAUCCGAAGCUAUGCGGGCAACGUCGUCACCGAAAUCGUGCGUCAAGGUGGUAUCCUGGGCUGGCCUCAGGUGCUGGCUGAACUCAUCUCCUUGAUCGAGAAUCGCAACGGCAACAUCGCAUCACACAUUCAGGACGGAGCCAUGAGCGCAUUGCUCAAGAUCUGCGAAGACCACAAGAAGGCUCUCAACAAAGUAUACGACGGUCAACGCCCUCUGGACUUCUUGAUCCCGAAACUCAUCGAGUUCACCACUAGCCCGACAUCAGAAGUCCGCUCAAAAGCACUCGGCACACUGAACUUCUUUAUCGAUGACCCCAUGCCGCAAGCUAUGCAAGACAACGUCGAGAAGUUCCUUGCCCAACUCUUUGCCCUGGCUCAGAACGAUCAAGAUGAGGAAGUGAGAAGGUUCAUCUGCCGCUCCUUUACGAAACUGGCCAGCAACGUUCCGGCACUGGUGUUGCCGCACGUAAGCGGUAUUAUCGAUUACGUUCUGGUACAACAAAAGGGCGAUCCAGAGUCUGACCUAGCUCUGGAUGCUGCCGAGUUCUUCUUUGAGAACUGUGAGGUUGAGGAGCUACAAGAUGAGUUUGCUCAGCAUCUCGAUAAGAUCGUUCCGGUCCUGCUGGAGAGUAUGAUCUACAGCCAAGACGAUCAGGCAAAAUUGGAAGCAGAGGCAGAAGAAGACGCCGAAAAGGAAGACAAGGAGGAAGACAUCAAGCCACAGUUUGCCAGUGCCAAGGAGAAGGGCAUUGCCGUGAAGCCUGAAGACUUCGCCAAUGGAAACGGCUACGCUUAUGACGACGAACUCAGCGACGGCGAACUUGAAGAAGACGACGACUAUGGCGAGGACCCCGAGGAAAUGUGGAAUCUCCGAAAGUGUUCAGCCGCUGCCCUGGACACCUUUGCUACUCGUUUCCACGAGCGUGUCUUCGAAUUCACUUUGCCAUACCUCAAGAACAACUUGAACCACGCAGAAUGGCCCAACAGAGAAGCUGCUGUCCUCGCAUUGGGUGCCAUCUCUGUUGGCUGCAUGGAAACCGUUCAACCAAGUCUUCCUGACCUCGUUCCCUUCUUGAUCUCUUUACUUACAGACACGCAACCCGUUGUGAGACAAAUCACCUGUUGGGCACUUGGCCGCUACUCGUCCUGGGCCUCUCACUUGGACGCGGCUGGCAAGCAACAGUUCUUCGAGCCCAUGAUGGAGGGUAUUCUGUUCCGCAUGUUGGACAACAACAAGCGAGUCCAGGAGGCAGCGGCUUCCGCUUUCGCCAAUCUUGAAGAUCAAGCAACCCGGGAGAUCACACCCUACUGCGUCAUCAUUGCGCAGCAGUUUGUCAGAUGUUUCGCUAAGUACAAGGACAAGAACAUGUACAUCUUGUAUGAUUGUGUUCAAACUUUGGCAGAGCACGUUGGCCCCGACAUGGCGCAGCCUGCCAUUGUCGAUCUACUCAUGCCCGCUCUCAUCCAGCGCUGGACCACAGUUUCAGACAAGUCUCGGGAGAUGUUCCCGUUGUUGGAGUGCCUGGCUUACAUCGCCACCGCCCUGGGCGAAGCCUUCGCUCCUUACGCAAAGCCCUUCUUCUCACGAUGCAUCAAGAUCAUACAGGACAACCUCGAGGAGGGUAACCUUGCAGCGUCCCAAGUUUACAUGGACACGCCUGACAAGGACUUCCUUGUCACCAGCUUGGAUCUUCUCAGUGCCAUCAUCCAGGCACUUGAUGGAGAUAGAGCUAGUGAGCUUAUCGCGACUGCCAACCCCAACUUCUUUGAGUUACUGGCAUACUGCAUGAGAGACAGCAACAACGAUGUCAAGCAAUCCGCGUACGCCCUGCUUGGUGACUGUGCCAUCUACGUCUUUGCUCAAAUGCAGCCUUACCUUGAUUCCAUCAUGCGUAUCCUCACCAUGCAGCUUGACCUGAGUGAGGCACUCCGCGACACUGAUCCAAUGCUCAAGGAGACUGCAUUCAGAGUGAUAAACAAUGCCUGCUGGUCCGUUGGAGAGAUCUCGAUGCGUCACCAAGCCGGCAUGGACCCCUACGUUGAGGAUCUUUUGCAGAAACUUGGCAUGAUCUUGUUCAGUCAGCAGGUGCCUGAGUCGUUGAACCAGAACGCAGCAAUUGCACUAGGCCGCAUGGGUCUGGGUAACGACCAGAGGAUUGCUCCUCAUCUUGCGCAAUUCGCACCUACCUUCCUGACUGUCAUGCAGUCUGUCGAGUGGACUGAUGAGAAGCUGGACGCAUUUAGAGGCUUCGUUCAGAUUGUGCUGGACAACCCUCAGGCACUCGAGCAAUGUCUGCUUGCUUUCUUCUCGGCUAUUGCAAGUGUGCCAGCCGACUCGCGCAAGGUCCCUGUAUCUCAGACCGAGAGACCGUUCGAAGGAUUCCACAAGGCUCUCAUGGCAUACAAGAACAUGAUCCCCGACUUUGAUGGUUUUAUCAGCCACCUUCCUCAAGAGCAACAGUACGAGCUCAGACAAAACUACAGCCUGUAA